AUGCGGCGUCCUACUAUUGCCUCUCUGCCUCCCUGGUGCAGCCACUGGCUGGGGUAUCGCACCAACCCUGUCAAGCCUCCGCCGAAAUAUCUUGUCCACCUCUGGUCCUUCAUUGGCGCCUUCUGUGGUCUGUCCGUUCUCUGCGGUCUGUUCAGCUACAGCGAGUACUUUCUCAAUCAUGGAGUGCCCAUUAUCGUCGCAUCAUACGGAGCAUCGGCCGUCCUCUGCUUUGGCUCGAUUGAGAGCCCACUCGCUCAGCCGCGAGCCCUCAUAUUCGGCCACUUCUUCAGCGCUCUAGUUGGCACCUGCGUCACCAAACUCUUCGAACUCCUGCCCGAGUCAAGAUUCCACAGUCUGCGCUGGCUGGCUGCUUCUCUCUCGUCGGCGAUUGCUGUGGUGGUCAUGCAAGUCACCGAUACCACUCACCCUCCUGCUGGCGCGACCGCCCUACUUCCCGCCACAAACCAAGAGAUCCGCGAACUGUCUUGGUACUUUUUGCCCAUUGUUCUUUUGUCGUCUGUCUUGCUGUUUGCUGUUGCUCUCAUCAACAAUAACAUACAGCGACGCUAUCCGACUUUUUGGAUUGCGCCGGCAAAGCCGCAGGCGGUGAUUCCGACUACCAACCCUGGAGUUCCUUCUCCUGAAUCGAGUCAGCAAAGCAGCAAGCUUUGA